UAUGUACGUACGUACACUCGCAUCAAAUAUUCCAUUUCACGCAGAACCAUAUAAUGAAUUCAUUGGAAAGAAACGAUUUGUUUUGAAUUAAAUUCGCGGACUCAAAAGUGAUUUAUUUUUUUCUUUCGCUGGUUUAUUUACUGUGUUGCAAAAGUUGAUUUCAAUGAAUGAUCAGGAAACUCACAUUCAGUGAAUUAGGAGAAUGGACUCGUUUUUAAUUUCCUCUUUGAUAAUUAUGCUUGGGUUGAUGCUAGGAAUAAUUAUAUCAUGCCGCUGGUACAUUACAAAAAUGGCAAUCUUUUCCGAAUGGUUUGCAAUGCAACAAAGUAGAAGUGGUAUGUUAGAUUCUAUUAGGAAUGACAGAAGCGUACGGAAUUCUGAACGAAACGCAGAGCAUAAUCAAAAUCAAAUUUAUUGCAUAGAUAGAGAUCAGUUGCCGCGCUUAGACUACAAUGAAGUUAUGAAUCAAUCCAAAGAAAUGGACCUGCCUACUUAUGAAGAAGCUGUGAAACAAUAUCAGAAGCAACCGCCCCAAAUCACAGUUGUAUAAAAUGGAAAUAUGUGUUGAGUGCAUCAGUGCGAUCUAAGUGAAUUGUUACAUUAACGGCAGAAACUUAUUAAAAUACUUUUCGUCAUACA